CCACUCAUAUGUCGUAGCCUGUGUCUUAAAAGAUAAUUUGAAACUGUACUUUCCAAGUCUGGUUUUUCUCUCUGUUUCUCUAAAUGUCUCUGGUGUCCUUCAUCGUCUUCCUUCUCUUACCUUACUCAUCAAUAGCCAAAAACACAUCAGUUGUAAACAAUGAUCAACAUCCAUAUAAAUUCUGUCAGCCAACAAAGUGCCGAGAAAACGGCCCAGAAAUCAGAUUUCCCUUUAGGCUCAAGACUCAACCAGUCUCUUGUGGCCUCGAAGGGUUUGAAAUGUCAUGUUCAGAUGGCGAGACUAUGUUGCAUCUUCCUUUCUCAAGCGGUUACUUUGUGGAAGACAUUUCUUAUCUGGACAGACAUAUUACCAUUAUGUAUAUGAAUGACACCACUUGCCCAAUACAAAGUCUUAUCUCUCUUAACCUCACAAGCUCCAAAUUCUCCCUCCUUUAUAGUAAAUACGCUCCGACGACAACUUUUUUGAUCUGCAAAAUGAAGCUUACAUGGGCAGAUUCUGUUCUGGGUCCGUAUGAUUGCAUGAGUGAUGAGGGAAAUUUUGUUUAUGGAAUGGUUGGCAUGUUCCAUGCGAAUACAGACUACGGGAUGCCCACAGUUUGCCACAGGUACAAGAGUACUAAUAUUUCGUAUUAUUAUUGGGAUCUGUACAAUCAAACUGAAAAGAUAGUCAUAGAAUGGGAAGUCCUUGACGGAUGCUACAACUGUGAAAAAUCAGGGAAAUAUUGUGGCUUCAACCCAACAAGCAAUUCAACAAUCUGUAUCAAGCACAAAGAUUAUCAUCGUCAUGGUCAUCUAGUUAAAAUUGAGGUGUCUACCGCCACAAGUUUUGGAGGCAUUUUCUUCUUUACACUGGUAAUACUUGUUCUUUACAAAUCCAGGAAAUCAGAAAAGGAAAAAGAAACUCAGCUGAAAAUAGAGAAGUUCCUGCGAGACUACAAGACCCUCAACCCGACCAGAUAUACUUACAGGGACCUGAAGAAAAUAACUGGCAGAUUCAAGCACAGACUAGGCCAAGGAGGGUACGGAAGUGUCUUCAGAGGAAAACUCGCCAAUGGAAUCCCAGUUGCUGUUAAAAUGUUACAACAUUCAACAGGACAUGGUGAAGAAUUUAUCAAUGAAGUUGCUACAAUUGGUAGGAUUCACCAUUUUAACAUUGUUCGUCUUCUUGGAUUUUAUUCAGAAGGCACUCGGCGUGCUCUUAUUUAUGAGUUUAUGCCCAAUGGAUCACUUCAGAAAUUCAUAUUCUCAAGCAUAAAAAAUUCAACUCAACGUCAAUUGAGUUGGGAGAAGUUGCGAGAGAUAGCGAUCGGUAUUGCACAAGGAGUCGAAUACUUGCACCAAGGAUGCAAUCAAAGGAUUCUUCAUUUUGACAUCAAGCCUCACAAUAUAUUACUUGACCAUAAUUUUCAGCCAAAGAUUUCCGAUUUUGGGCUGGCCAAGCUAUGCUCAAAGGAACAAAGUGUUGUAUCAAUGACAGCUGCCAGAGGAACUACUGGUUAUAUUGCUCCAGAGCUUUUCUCCAGGAACUUUGGCGAGGUUUCUUACAAGUCUGAUGUUUUCAGCUAUGGGAUGGUGUUAUUAGAGAUGGUUGGAUGCCGAAAGAAUAUUGAUAUUUCCAUUGAAAAUCAAAGCCAAAUUUACUUCCCUGAGUGGAUAUAUAACAGAGUGAGCCAAGGAAACGAGCUGUGUUUGAAAAUUGAGGGAGAUGGAGAUGGAGAAAUUGCAAAGAAGCUUGCAAUCGUGGGACUCUGGUGCAUUCAGUGGAAUCCAGCAAUGAGGCCUUCCAUGCCGAUUGUGUUACAAAUGCUUGAAGGUGACUUGCAGAGCUUGGAGAUUCCUCCAAAGCCCUUUGUUUCUUCAGAUGAUGAAAUGGAUACAUAAAUGCAUUCUUUUUCUUGUAAUAUCCCAAUUGAAACAGAGUGUAUCGAUUUUUCGAUUGAUUAUUGUGUAAGGUUUGACUUUUAGUUAUGAGCAAUGUUAUGUGCAACAUAAUUAGAUACUUAAAUGUUGUGACAUUAUAUGAUUGAGUGUUAUUUUA